AUGAUGAGGUGCCUUUUGACACAGAAGAUGCUUGCAGUUCUUAUCCAGUCUUGGGAAAGCGAUGUUCUGCAAGGACUACAAGGAAAUGUGAGCGGACGCUUGGUUGUCGGAGAUUCGGACAAGACAGAUUUCCCAACUCGUGGACAGAUUUGGAGCACUGCAUUGGGCUUCAUGAAAAAGUGCGUUCAGGUUGCCGAAUGUGAACACAUAGUCCAGGGCAUGAACGGGAAAGAGGUUCAGGAUUGCAUCAACAAGUGCAUUUUCGAGUAUGGGGAGGAGAAGCUUGAGCAAUGGGCUUGCGAUUGUGCCUCUGAAAAAUACACCGGCGGCCUUGCAGAUUGGUUUUGCAACAAUGCUCUCGGUGUGAUAAUGGAGCCCAUCAACAAUUUCAUCAACAAGUACAUCGAACAACCCGUCAUCGAUGCUUGUGAAAGCGUAGAGGAUGCCGUCGCCAACGCGGGACACAAAAUUGCAAGUUUCUUCAACUUCGACUGGGGCGAUGCACUCGUUGUUGUCUGA